GUGAAGUUGAGAUGGGCUGUCUGGGAGGGAAAACAGACGAAGAACGACUGGAUGAAAAAGCAAAACGAGAAGCAAACAAGAAGAUCGAGAAACAGCUGCAGAAAGAACGACAGGCUUAUAAAGCUACACACAGACUGUUACUGCUGGGUGCAGGAGAAUCAGGUAAAAGCACGAUUGUGAAGCAGAUGAAGAUUCUUCAUGUCGAUGGUUUUAACACUGAAGAGAAGCAGCAGAAGGUUCAGGACAUCAGGAAGAAUGUGAAGGACGCCAUUGUGACCAUUGUUUCAGCGAUGGCCAGCCUGACCCCGCCCAUUCCCUUGGGAAAUCCUGGAAACCAAUUCAGAGUGGAAUACAUCAAGAGCAUUGCACCACUAUUAGACUUUGAAUACAAUGAGGACUUUUUUGACCAUGUCCAGAAACUGUGGGAGGACGAUGGUGUGAAGGCUUGUUUUGAACGCUCUAACGAAUAUCAGCUGAUCGACUGCGCACAGUACUUCCUGGACAGGUUGGAGGCUGUCAGGAGGACUGACUACACACCUACUGACCAGGAUUUGUUGCGCUGCCGAGUUUUGACCUCAGGGAUCUUUGAAACCCGCUUUCAGGUGGACAAAGUCAACUUCCAUAUGUUUGAUGUAGGCGGUCAGAGGGAUGAACGCAGGAAGUGGAUCCAGUGUUUUAAUGACGUGACGGCCAUCAUCUUUGUGGCUGCCAGCAGCAGUUACAACAUGGUGAUCAGAGAGGACAACUCCACCAACCGGCUGCGAGAGUCUCUUGACCUUUUUAGAUCCAUCUGGACCAACAGGUUUCUGAAGACCAUUUCGGUGAUUUUAUUCCUGAACAAACAGGAUGUUCUGGCUGAUAAGAUUUUGGCCGGCAAAUCUAAACUGGAAGAUUAUUUUCCAGAAUACAAAAACUACCAAGUCCCCAUUGACGAGGAUCAGCACGGCGAGUGGUGACGGUAAACAUUACUGCUAUCCUCACUUCACCUGCGCCGUGGACACAGAGAACAUCCGCCGUGUCUUCAACGACUGUCGUGACAUCAUCCAACGCAUGCAYCUGCGGCAGUACGAGCUGCUCUGAUUGGUUUCUGGACACUACCAUUGCUCCGCCCCUUUCUAAGUGUCCAAUUACUUCAGUUAUGAUAGAUGAGCGAUGUCCUGACCUGGUCUUUGAGGGCCACCAUCCUGCAUGUUCAGAGGUUUCUCUGCUCCAACACAGUUGACUGGAAUGAGGGAUUAACGGGCUUCUGCAGAACCUGAAGAGGUGAAUCACUGAGUCAGGUGUGUUGGAGCAGAGAACCAGGUAAAACCUGCCCUCCACARCCAGAACUAGACCCCCACCCCCACCCUUAUCUACAGUAGUUGUGUUCAGUUACUAUUAUUAAAUGAUUGUUAAUUAUAUUGUUUCCUGACUCAUGCGUCACAGAGGAUUAUGGGUAAUGGAGUCUGAUGAACCAGAUUGUGGCCUCCUGAUGUUACUAUGAUAACAGGGAAUGGAUUUUAAAGAAACAAUAUAUUUUAGGUGUAAUCUGUCCCUCAGUGGUGCUGAGGAUUAGUGAUAGAGCUCUGAAUAAACAUCUUCAAACUUUGA